CAAUGAUUUGAUUUUGUAUUUGCAGUCCAGGAGGGAGAACAACUUUCUCUGCUCCUGCUGUAAAUGCCUCCACAGUUUAGAACACAGCAGAUUCACUUUUCACUCAAGGAAAGUUUAACUGGGCCAAAUGAAUAUAUCACAGCAUUUCAUUUAUCGCUGUAUAAAUGUCAGCUCAAAACGUCUUAAUGACUUAAAGAUUUAAUUAUACUUUAUCAGUGAGGUCCACAGUAUUGAAUGGCAAAUUAAUUCUUCCCAAUGGGAAUUCUUAGGUUUUUAUUGCCACCACACAACCAGAAUUAAAUCAAUCAAACUUAAAGUUGAAGUUCUUAAUAUUAAUAGUUGCCACUUUGUCACCAUUAUUUUUUGUUAAGUAGACAUUUGCCACAUGUUCUGAGUUGGACGGGCCUGUAGAAUCUGAUCCAGUGGAUUUCCUCUGGACUCCUGCUGUCAGUAACCUGCGUUUUGCUGCUUUCAGUUCUGGCAGGCAGACUGUGCAACACGGAGAGUUUGAUGGAGGACCUGAUGGGGCAGAUCUCAGGUCAGGCUGCUCCUCACACUCUUUGUAGUCUGCUUCAUUCUUAGAUUCAGUGGGACUUUCUGAACGUUUCAUCACACAGAGCUCAGGGUGUUUGUGGAUCUAGAAAACGUCGCUAGUCACCAUGUUUUCCUGAAGUCGUCUCAGUUCUGUCGCAGGAGUCUUGAAUAAUAAACUUCAGCUCAAAGUAAAUUCUGAAGCCAAGUUCGAUUUAGCAAAGGUUGUUUGAGCUCAAUUUCAAACUAACAGCUGCAGGAACUACAGUAAAAGUAUUCACACCCUCUGAGGUUUUUCACACUGCAGCCACGAGCUUCACUGUAUUUCAUCAGUGAUGCUCUGAGCCUCUCUGCCAGCUUUAAUCACCAGACUGAACGUUUGUUCGUGUUUCUUUGCAGAACGGAUCAAGCUCGGUCAGUUUGGACAGAGGGCUUCUGUGAACAUCGGUUUUUACAUUUUGUUACAGAUUCUCAGUUGGAUUUAAGUUUGAACUUUGACUAGGCCAUUUUAGCAUGUCAGUAUUCUUUGAUCAGACUCAAAGAAUGGCACGUCUGCUUUCUUAUUUGUGAAGAAAAUGUGAAAACCGUUUUUCUGUCACUUCACCAACUUUUAUGAGCGACUUUGUGUUCGUCUAUCACAUGAAAUCCCAGUAAAAUAUAUUGAAGCUCAUGACUGUAAUGUGACAAAGUGUGAAAAGUGGAGCGUUUUAUCAUUGCGCUGUAACAGUUUGAAUGGUCAGCAAGAGUAGAAAAGGAAAGCGUCUGGUCAGGAGUCACUACAAGCUUUUGUGUUGAAAUGAAAACAUUGGUCAGGUUUCCUUCUCUCCCAGAAAUCCAGGCCUGCAACACUUCAGCUGGGAUGGAUUCUGAAGUUCUGGUGCUGGACAGUCACCUGAACAUCCACCUGGACCUGCUGAAGGCUGACAUUGAAGGUCAGAUUCAUGAGUUGGAAAACAAACUGACUGCCAGUCAUGUGCGCCUGGAAGGCCUGAGUGCUGCUGCUGAGCAUCGCCUGAACGAAGCUGAGAGACAACAGGAUGAACUCAGGAACCACAACACAGAGUUGGAGAGCAGACUGAGGUCCAGAGAAAAACAGCUGGAAGAUCAGAAGACAUUAAACACAUACAUGGAGACCAGACUGAGAUCUACUGAGGAACAACUGGACCAAUUAAAGAAUCAGUCUGCAGUUCUGGAGGUCAGACUGAGAGUCAGUGAGAGACGACUGGAGGAGCAGGAAACAGGAAGCUCAGCUGACAUCCUGGUCCAACUGAAAUCCACCGAAGCUCAGCUGGUCCAGUUAAAGAACCACACAGCAGUUCUGGAGGUCAGACUGAGAGUCAGUGAGAAGAUCCUGGAAGACCUGAAGAACAAAAACUCAGAGUUGGUGAGUAAACUGAGAGCCAGAGAGACGCAGCUGGAGGACCAGAAGACAACAAACACAAACAUGGAGACCAGACUGAGUUCUACUGAGGAACAACUGGACCAAUUAAAGAAUCAGUCUGCAGUUCUGGAGGUCAGACUGAGAGUCAGUGAGAGACGACUGGAGGAGCAGGAAACAGGAAGCUCAGAGGUGGAGAGCAGACUGAGGUCCAGAGAAAAACAGCUGGAAGAUCAGAAGACAACAAUCACUGACAUGGAGACCAGACUGAGUUCUACUGAGGAACAAGUGGAGCAAUUAAAGAAUCAGUCUGCAGACAUGGAGGUCCGACUUGGAUCAACUGAGGCACAGCUGGAGCAGCUGGAGAAUCACACAGCAGUCCAGUUCUCCCAGAUGGAGUCCAGACUAACUGAUGGACUGAAUAGAACAACAGAGUUGGUGAGCAGACUGAGAACCGGUGAGAAACAACUGAAAGAGCUGAAGUUUAGUAACUCAAACAUGGAGACCAGACUGAGAUCUACUGAGGAACAACUGGACCAAUUAAAGAAUCAGUCUGCAGUUCUGGAGGUCAGACUGAGAGUCAGUGAGAGACGACUGGAGGAGCAGGAAACAGGAAGCUCAGCUCAGUUCUUCUGGAUGGAGUCCAGACUGACGGAUGAACAGCGCAGAACUGCAGAGUUUGAAACCCAGCUGUCAGCUGUGACUUUCAGACUGAACGUGACUAAGGAGCUUCUGGAUGAUCUGAAGAAACAAAGUCUAGCUGGAGCAGCUGAACUGGCUUCACUUUCAGAGAGACUGACCGCAGCUCAGGGGAACACAGAAGAUGAGGUGAAGGUGGCUUUUUCAGCCGGUCUGACUGAUUCAGGAAUAGUCGGUCCAUUUGAUGAAGAAACUACUCUGAUCUUCUCCAAAACCAUCACCAACGUUGGCCGAGGAUACAACAGCUCUGCAGGUGUUUUCACCGCUCCAGUCACGGGACUUUAUUUCUUCAGCUUCACGGCUGCAGAUUACUUGAAGGGUUACAUGGGCCUGUACCUGUACAGGAACGAGCAGCAAGUCACCUUCAGCCUGGACCUGAAUGACCAUGGAGGAUACGCCUCCAUGACCAGUGCAGUGGCUCUGCAGCUGGAUCGGGGCGAUCGGGUUCGCCUCGCUCUGCCAGCCAGCUAUCGGCUCUAUGACGACUCCAGAAACUUCAGCGUGUUCUCAGGUUUCCUGCUGUUCCCGGUCUGACCUGGCUACGUCAGGAGCAACAUGGAGUCUUCACUCAGACUGAAAUAAAAUUAGAUUUUUUGGUCAGUG